AUGGCAAGUUUUCGCAAUAUCGCAGUUCUCGGCGGAACUGGCCGAAUUGGUCGGCCGAUUGUUAAAGCUUUGAUAGACGCAGGCUUCAACGUUACAGUCGUGACGCGGAGUCUAGGCUCGAAUCCAAAGGAAGCCAAUGGCGUGACUUUCGUGACCAAUGACUAUACGUACGAGUCACCUGUUGAGAUACUUACGGGUAAGGAGGCAGUGGUGAGUGCCGUGGCUGCUGGGCCGCCCAUCGCAGCUCAGAAAGUCAUGGUCGAUGCGGCAAUCCAGGCUGGGGCCAAGCGAUUUAUCCCCAGCGAAUAUGGCUCGAGCAGCAUUGAUCAGCCACUUGAAGACUUCAAGAUUGGUUACGUGGAAUGGAAAGUAUUAAACUUGGGAAUAAAGAUGUCUUAG